UAUAAUGGCGAAUAAUAAUAAUCUCUCCUGUAUGCACCACCUCUGCCUCGUCUUAGCCAUUUUUGGCAUUGCUUCACGGGCAACCGCGAAGGAAGUACAAAUGUUCGAUGUCAGGGGUUCGCUCCAGAAAACACUUGACGUCUUUUCCCCUGACAUCCUCGUCCCUCAGCGGGACGAAGAUGAUCAUAAACACAACUUUUCUUCUUCUUCUUCUUCUUCUUCUUCUUCUUCUUCUACGGCUACUACUAAUAAUAGUACAACUACUUUGGGAUAUUCAUUUGAGUUGCAUACUCGAUUGUCGGUCGAGGGAAGACCAGAUGCGGAGGAUUACAGGAUGCUGACGUUAGCUCGACUCGGUCGUGAUUCGGCCCGAGUGAGUUCGAUCCUUCAGGACAAUACACCGGUGGGGUUGGCCCGUGGUAGUGGUGAUUACUUGGCCCGUCUCGGGGUUGGCACCCCUGCCACGUGGUUUGACCUGGUUGCCGAUACCGGGAGUGAUCUUACCUGUCUCCAGUGCGAACCUUGCAACCCUUGUAUCCCCGGGGGCCCCAAUUUCGAUCCCUCCCACUCUUUCACUUACCAUUCGCUCCCCCUUACCUACGGGGUGGAAUACGGCGAUGGAUCUUACACGGCCGGCGAUUUGGCCUUGGAAUCCGUAACCUUCUUUGGCCGCCGCGGAUCGAGCGAAUUAUUGCAGAUCGGUUGCGGAUUUGCAAACCCUCUUUCUCCUACUGCAUGCCUCGUCGACAAGGACUCCAGAAACUCCUCGACUCUCGAGUUUAUUAUUAACUCGUCCCCUCAUACACCGCCGCCCGCGGACGCUGGUGUGGUCGUUGCCUCUUUAAUCCGCAAAGCAGGCCGGAGGGCGUCGAGUUUCUAUUACGUUGACUUGAUCGGGAUCAGCAUCGGCGGCGGCGGCGGGAUGAUACCCAUCGGCGGCGCGAACACAACAACAGGCGAAGAAGGCGGAGUCAUCCUCGACUCGGGAACGACAUUGACCUACUUGCAGUCGAGCAACUACGAUCCCUUCCGACAAGACUUCCUCAGUGCGGCGGCGCACAACUUGACGUUAGUGUUCCCACCCGCCCAUCUCCCAUUUGACACGUGUUUCGAUUUGUCGAACCUGAGGAGGAGCGUGGGUGUACCAACGGUGUCGUUUCACUUCGCCGCCAGCAGUAACAAACCGUUGCUGCUGCCGCCUGAGAAUUAUCUGCUCCCGGUGGACUCCAAUGGCACGCAUUGCUUGGCCUUCCUUCCCAUGCUGAACUCUUCCAUGUCCAUCAUCGGAAACGUGCAGCAGCAGGGGAUGCGAGUCACCUACGACCUUGCCAACUCCCAGAUCCGAUUCAGACCCAAUCAAUGCUAGCUAUCUAGUGGCUCCAUAUAUACAUACUUUUAUCUUCUAUCUAUGCCUAGCUAUAUAAACACCUACAUGUCCAUCACUUCUUUCACAUUAUCAUAUAUAUAUGUCAACUCCAUCACAUUAUGCAUCUUUUUUGUUAUCCU